AUGGCUUCGAGUAAAGAGGAAGGCAUCGAAGUUCAGCACCAGUACCACUUCAGAUACGACCGGAGGCUCUCGUGCUUCUCGAACGCGGUGUCCUGCUUGAGCUUCACGGGGGACGGCCAGUACUUAGUUUCCGGCACCGGCUCCGGCGACAUCAAGGGGAAACCCUGCGAAUGCCCCAAAUCGGCAGCAUUGGAAUCCGCGGACGAGGUCUGGGAUUGCAACACCUGGGCGGAAGCCGCGAAGCUGAAGGGCGGCCGACGCGCAGAGCCGAAGGAGGUCGCCAUUAGCCCGUCCCAGCGCUGGGUGGUGGUGUGCUACAGCUCGGUGCUGCACAUCUAUCAGUGCGGCCCGCCCUGGCGACUGGUGCAAUCCAGGCCGGUGGUCAAUACGCUCAAAGACAAGGAGCCGGAGUGGUGCUGCGUGGCCUUCUCCCCGAGCUCGGAGGUGGAUCAUCCCACCGGCCAUGCGGGCCAGGACAACAACCUCGCCGCCUUCAGCAACUGCAGCAUCUGCCUUAUGGACUACUCCGGCGGAUGGGAGGAGGUGCCACAGAGGACGCGGAGUAUCAUGCAGACAGGGUGGCCGGCCAGCUUGGCCUACACCGGGGACGGGUACUGGAUCGUCUGUGGCUUUUCGGAGGGCCAAAUGCAGGUCUGGAACGCCUUCUCGCUGACCUUGGAGAAGACGCUGAACGCCCACGAGGCCACGGUGACCUCCCUAGCGGCGUCCCCGCCGUCUGCGCCCUACGACCAGCGCGUGGUGUCCUGCAGCAAGGACCAGUGUCUGCGGGUCUGGCACGUGAACACCUGGCUGCUGGAGCAGCACCUCCACGAGCUGCGUUGCGACCGCAGCGGGCUGCGGCGGGUGACCUUCUCCGCGUCGGGGCAGUGGCUUAUCGCGGUGUCCUCGGAGCUCACGGUGUGGCGCGUCUGCGUCUCCCCGAGGACCAAGAAGUUCGAUUUGCAGCUCCACCAGCGCCUCGAGGCGAUUUGCGGCGCGGAGUCGGUGCGGACCGCGACCUUCAGUAGCCAGAGUGACGUCGUGGCGGUGGGUUCUCAUGACGGCAUCCUGGGCCUUUGGAACAAGCACCCGGGCCUGCCACCUCCGCCGGACGCCGCCAUCAACGAGGCCAAAGCCCCCGUGCUGAGCCGAGGAUCCGGCAGCCAGUCCGAGAGCACUUUGAACUUGUCGAAGUUCACUCGGAUGCAGAAGAUCACCCCCGAGGGCGUGAAGCCCUUGAGAGCGGAGAAUCAGAAGGUCGGCAAUCGGGCCAGGGCUGCAGUGGCGAGCCCUCUGCCUCUGCACCACAGCCGGUCUAUGGGAGGUGUGGGCGCCCGCCUCUCGCUGGUUGGCACAGAGAUUUCGGGCACGGCUAGCGGCGGCAGCACCACCAACAGCCCCGAGAGCACCCGUCGGCAGGUCUGCAAGACCAGCACCUUGCUGGGGGGUUGGCAGCCCUCGGUGCUCGACGAGGUCUUCUCGCAAGCCAAAGCUGUUGAUCCAGGCUUACGCCCCGAGCCGAGACAGAGGCGGUGCCUCUGCCCAACCGUGAGCUCAUGGCUCGUGCGCGGGGGCUGGUGA